GAAUUCGAUUUGAGUGGAUGGAACAUCUUAAAAUGUUGAGACUAUUAUCCUGUUUGCUUGGCUUAUUAAUUUUACCAAGUGUAACCUUUUACAUUGCCUUCAAUUCAAAGGGUCAGUUGUUGUGCGUUCUCCAAGAUGAACCCGGACAGUGUGGCUCCUAUUGCCUGUCCGCACUCAACGCGCUUUUCAACGAUACUGAUAACAUUCGCACGUUGGAUGAAAUCAAGGCAGAACUGAAGGCCGGAUUCGAUUCGGGACACAAGCAGGAACACAAAGAAGACUUCGCGAAUUCAAUUCAGGCUCUGCAGGCCAAGCUGGAUGUGAGACUACACAGAAUGGUGGAACUUAGGACGACUAAAAUAGUAGCCGAUGCCAACGAUGAACUCAAAAGCCAACUUAAAGAAAGAGAUGAACAAAUCUCGACCCUUACGACUCAAAUUGAAGCGAUUGAGAAAACAAAAUCAGAACUAUCUAGUCAGGUUUCUGAAUUGCAUAAAUAUUGUGACAUUUUACCUGACUCUUGUCCGAGUGACAGUCCCAAUGGGAUUUACCAAAUAAAGCUUCGGGGUCUUGAACCCUUUGAAGUGCCAUGUGCGACUUCUCCACCUGGUUGGACAGUAAUUGAGAGACGCGUUGACGGAUCCGAGAACUUCAAUCGAACCUGGAAUGAAUAUAAAUCUGGAUUUGGGAAUGUCAGUAGAGAUUUCUUCAUCGGGCUGGAAAAAUUGCAUCGGAUGACUGAGGCACGACCCCACGAACUCUACAUUAAACUUGGAAAGGUUGAUGGAUCCAGGACCUACGCUCAAUACGAUGAUUUUAAGAUCGGGAAUGAAAAGGAAUUCUACGAGUUGAAGAAUCUAGGGAAAUAUUCUGGUACAGCCGGAGACUCCGUUAUAAACAGUAAGAACCAAAAGUUCUCCACAUUUGAUCGGGAUAAUGACGGUAAUAGUGAAUAUAAUUAUGCCAUGGGUUACGGUGCAUGGUGGCACGGCAGCCGUUCAUUUAUUUCGCUCAAUGCAAAAUACUUUAAAGAUGACAAAGCUUGGAAUGGAAUUAUUUGGAACUUAUUCAAUGGAUUUCCAGAAUCACUUACCUUUGUUGAAAUGAUGAUAAGGCCCAAGUCCUUAUAAGUCGCACUGUUUAAGUAUGAAAUAUUUGAAUAUUAAAAAAAAAUACUAAAUCUAUAUUGUAUUCCUAA